AUGGCGGGCGAUCAAAGGCUGCGUCCGCUGCUGCCGCGCUCAACCACCGCCGGAAUGGUUGAUCUGCCGGAGGCGCGAAUAAAGGUAUACGUAGCCAUCUUCCUAUGCCUAGCAGUUAAAGCGGUACACAUCGAGUUCGUUGACGAUCUCACUAGCGAAGCCUUCAUCGCCGCUCUCCGCAGAUUCAUCGCUCGACGAGGGUAUUGCUCCACCAUCCAUUCUGAUAAUGGCACCAACUUCAGAGGAGCAAGCAACGAGUUACGAGAGCUUCAUGAUUUAUUACAAUCGGACGACCACAAAGAAAAAGUAACCGCAUUUUUGGCCGACAAACAAAUCGAAUGGCGCUUCAUUCCCCCUCAUUCCCCGCAUUUCGGUGGGCUAUGGGAAGCAGCGGUGAAGUCCUUAAAACGCCACCUUAGGCGUGUAGCCAGCAACGAGUUACUCACCUCUGAGCAAUUGAAUACUCUCAUCAGAGAAGCAGCAGUCCUCAAUUCACACCCGCAAACUCCUAUCUCCACCGAUCCAAAUGAUUUCCUAGUCCUCACUCCAGGACAUUUCCUCAUUGGCGAUUCAUUAAUGUGCUGUCACGUCCCGCGCUCCGCACGUGCCGUAACAAAAGAUGGAAAACCGCAAUAUACAAAUAAGGCGAGUGACAAUUCGAAUAUUCAAAACGAAUGA